AUGGUUGAGAUAUUUGAUCCUAGCAAGGGCAGAUUCAUUGUACAAGACUUGGUUGGCGAAGUGUCUCUCGGUGCCGUGGAUGUUGAGUGCAUCUUGGCCUUGGAGAACCACGGACUGUCGGCAGAAGGUAUUCUCGGUGAGGAAGGUGAGGAUGUUAAAGAUCGAGUGCCGCCUCAAUUCCUGAGCAAGACCACAGGUAACAUAGUCAUCGAUGAUUUGAUUGUGGACAUCACAAAAAAUAAAUCUGCCGACGACGAUUUCCUUCGGAGAGUUGUCCUCGUGUUGCUUGGAACAGUUCUUGCUCCCAUGUCGAGCAAGACUGUACCAAAGCAAUAUUACGCAUUGGUGGACGAUGUGAAGCGUAUAUCCAAGAUUAAUUGGAAUGCAUUCACCCUCCGGGUUCUGCUGGACUGCCUUCGCAACGUGAGGAAAGGCAAACACCUCCGCCAAUGGCCGAGAGGGAACUUAGCUCUCCUGCAGUACCUGUACUGGGAGAAGGUUCAGCCUCUGGAAGGUGAAUGCGCAUUCAAUCCUAGCUUGUCCAUGGAACCUCUAAUGAGGAAUUGGACUGAAGCUGCAGCCUCAAGGAGAGACAAGUUUGAUUAUGACCAAGGCCGUGGCCGUGGUAACAUCAAGAUUGAAGACAACAUAACCAAGGAGUAUAGGGCGCAGGAGCGCAAAGUACCCGAACCAGAAAAGCCAAAAAUGAAGCCCGCCGUUGGUGCGGCAAAGAAGUCCAAGUUAGCCUCAAACGCGGACGAGAUGAUGAACCUCAUCAUGAAGCGGUGUAUGGAUUACAUACGCAGCCAAAUGAAGGAAAUACCAGAACAAGUAGCCGAGAGAUUGUUAGAGAAGUUGAACCAAAAUGGUGUGAUGUACAAGCCAGCGGCUGCUGCGGCUUCCGGCAACAACGAUGCCGACCUAGAAGUGGAUUCCUUUGAGAAUGGUCCGCCAGAAAAAAAAGAAUUCGUGUACAAGGAUGACUCUGACGGUCUAGAGCCGGUGAUUGAUUUGACACAGCCUGACGAGCCUGUUGUAAACCAGAACAACGAUGAUGAGGAAAAAACACCUGCCAAGUUAAAUGUUGACAAGACAACGAAGCCUACUGAUGAGUGCGGCGCAACACCGGAGAACCCUUGGAUUGUAGGUAAUUCUCCUCGAGCAGAAUCGUCCGACAUUGACAUUUCUGCAAGUUCUAUCGACAGGAUGGUGGGUAAGAGCAAGGGGAAAAAGUCUGCAGCAACCGCAAAAGAAGACGAUGUUAUAUCCGGGAAGCGCCGACGGACUGUUCCCAAGAAAUUUGAAUCCCCCUUUAAACUUGACAAGCCCGGCAAGCGAAGCGCUCGCGCUCUGUUUAGUGACAAUGACAUGGAAGGCUCUGUUAAGGACGAUUUGACACCGGAACUCAUCGAUGCUGCUGUUGCGUUUGUGGAGGCAGCUGCUCGGUGUGAGAAGAAUAUGACAAAAAGAGUUUACUACAAUGAACGUGGCACCUCUGUGACUGUGGAGAGUAUACGACAUAUUAUCGAUGCUUAUCAGACACAUUUGGCUCUGCGCGUUGGUCAUGAUCGGCACCUCUGUCCAGCCUGGAGGUCCAAAUACCUUGUUGAUCGUGCUAAGGCACGAGACAACCCUAAACCAUCGAAAUACAACAUGGAUAGUGCGCUGAGCAGAGCUGGAGCAGUACGUAGGGUUCUGGACGAGUAUACCGUCCGUGAUAAGUCGUUUAUCCCGUUGAACGUCGGCAAUACACACUUGAUCACCGUGGUGAUGCACAACCGCAAGAAAGAAUUCCGAGUUUUUGAUUCGCUCUAUCCUCUCGAGUUCUCUCUCGACACUGUGAAAGCACUGCGACUAGCAAUAGCAAUUGAUAUGGAAGAGGCAAACCGUAUUACACCUGGCAAAUAUCCAGACGUCACUAAGUGGCCUAUCAUACCUCAGAUCGACAUGCCACCACAAGAGGACGGGAACUCUUGUGGCCUUUUUGUGAUUGAAGUUAUGGAGCAUUGGGACGGGGAUCGAUGGACCGCCGAUUUUACCCAGGGCACGGUUAAUGCAAGGAGAAGGCGUCUCAUCGCCGAGUUGGUUCUCUCACCUACCAACACGCUCGAAUGUGUGAAGAACAAAAUCCGCGACAUCGCAAAGAAAAGCAAGGCGUGA